AUGUCAGUAAUUGAAAUUAUUGAUAUUAUGGACUAUGUAGGUGAUGGUAAACGCCCGUUUGUUGAAGGCUCAGAGAUAUUGAAAUGUAACCACAUAAUAGAGUUUGGUAUAAAAGAACAAGCAAAAAAUAAACUUGUUAUUAUGGCUUUGUGUUUACAAACCUCCAACAUKAAUGGUCAUCCUCAUGAAGUUUUAGUCACAAAAACUAUUCAUGAAGGUAAUGUGAAGGUGUCAGGUUCCUGCUCAUGUAAAGCAGGCACAGGGAAGUGUAAGCAUGUURUUGGCGUUAUGCUUAAGUUACAGAAAAGUUCAAUUGACAGUUUGGAGGAAUUGAGUUGUACUGAAUUACGCCAACAGUGGGGGAAGGUUAAAAAUAUUGGAACAGAGAUGUAUCAUACAAUCCCAGUAAAAAAAUUUUGUCAUGUCCAAAAGUAUACUUCUCCAURUUCAGAAACUCUGCCAGAUGUAUUACCAAAUAAUAUUGAGAAAAUUGUAUAUGAAACUUUAACUGAAGGUCCCAAUAUAUCUGAUAAGUUUAAGAUUCAUUUGGAUGCACCUCAAGGGGRACAUUUAUCAUCCUAA